AUAUAUAUAUAUACUCCCCCUCACUUCCCUUCACAUCCUUUCUACAUCUUUCUCCCACCGAAUAUGAAGCCCCUCAACUAUGGCAGGCUCGGACCCUCCGAACCCGGCGGAUCCUCCCGCUCUCUCGACCAAUCACAAUUUACCAACUCUCACCCUUCCCCUUCACGCAAGAGGAAGGUUAUCCUCCUUUCCCUCCUCUCUGCCGCCUUGAUCAUCGCCUCUGCUGUCUCUGCUACCCUUCUUAUUGGCCUCCGCACUCGAGCUUCUGACCAUUCUACCCCAGUUGUUGCCCGCAAGCCCACCAAGGCCAUUUCCAAAACUUGCAGCAAGACUCGCUUCCCCACUCUCUGUGUUAACUCUUUGCUUGAUUUUCCUGGUUCUACCACCGCCUCCGAGAAGGACCUCGUCCACAUUUCCUUCAACAUGACUUUGCAGCACUUUACUAAAGCUCUCUACCUUUCUUCGGGGAUCUCUUAUCUCCAGAUGGAUACUCGCGUGCGGUCGGCCUAUGAUGACUGUCUUGAGCUGCUUGAUGACUCUGUGGACGCGCUUUCACGCUCUCUCUCCAUCGUCGCUCCGUCAAUGGACGGGAACCCUGCCGGACAGGUACAGUCCAUUGGUUCCACUGAAGACGUGGUCACUUGGCUCAGUGCUGCGCUGACUAAUCACGACACUUGUACGGAGGGAUUUACGGACUUGAAUGGAGCUGUAAAGGAUCAGAUGUCUGAUAAGUUGAAGGACUUGUCUGAGUUAGUGAGCAAUUGCUUGGCAAUUUUUUCGGGUACUGACAGCGACGAUUUCUCUGGCGUUCCAAUACAAAACAGGCGGAGAUUGAUGGACGCCGAAAUCUCCAAGGAAAAUGCCGAUGAUCUUCCAAGUUGGUUGGGGAGGAACGAAAGGAGACUGUUGAACGUGCCGGUGUCAGCAAUACAGGCCGAUAUAAUCGUUUCGAAUGACGGGAACGGGACAUACAAGACGAUCGCGGAGGCAAUUAAGAAAGCACCGGAGUACAGUAAUCGGCGAACAAUAAUUUACGUGAGGGCAGGAAGAUACGAAGAGAACAACUUGAAAGUGGGAAGAAAAAAGAGGAAUUUGAUGUUCAUAGGAGAUGGAAAGGGUAAAACGGUGAUUUCUGGAAGUAAAAGCAUUUUCGAUAACGUAACGACAUUCCACACGGCAUCCUUCGCUGCUACUGGUGCUGGUUUCAUUGCUCGUGACAUGACAUUCGAGAACUGGGCUGGUCCAGCCAAGCACCAAGCCGUGGCUCUCCGGGUUGGUGCUGAUCAUGCUGUGGUCUAUCGUUGUAACAUUAUUGGAUACCAGGACACUCUCUAUGUGCACUCCAAUCGCCAAUUUUUCAGGGAGUGUGACAUUUAUGGUACAGUGGAUUUCAUAUUUGGUAAUGCUGCUGUAGUGUUUCAAAAUUGCAGCAUUCACGCUCGUAAGCCUAUGGCUUUCCAGAAAAACACCAUUACUGCACAGAAUCGUAAGGACCCUAAUCAAAAUACUGGCAUAUCAAUCCAUGCCUGUAGGCUCUAUGCCACGCCGGAACUCGAGGCUGCCAAAGCUAGCUUCCCAACGUAUCUCGGCCGUCCAUGGAAGCUCUACUCGAGAACUGUCUACAUGUUGACGUACAUGGGUGACCACAUUCAUCCAAGAGGGUGGCUAGAAUGGAAUGCAACAUUUGCACUUGAUACACUAUACUACGGCGAGUACAUGAAUUACGGACCAGGUGGAGCAGUCGGGCAACGGGUAAAAUGGCCGGGGUACCGGGUCAUUACAUCAACUGUUGAGGCAAGUAAAUUCACAGUAGCACAGUUUAUUUAUGGAUCAUCAUGGUUGCCUUCUACUGGAGUUGCAUUUUUAGCUGGAUUAUCAGUUUGAGUAACAUUGUCAUUUGUGUAGCAUAUUACAUUAUAAAGUUCCUACCACGUCCCCAAUAAUUGUAUGCAAGUAUAAAUUUUCUAUUAUAUUUAUAUAUAUUUUUUUCAUAAUUUAAUAACCAUUAUUGUAACGUUGAUUGUUUUUUUUUUUCUUAUAUAGUUGUAACUUGUAACUCAUAAGACGCAAUAGAAAAUUAAAGGAAAUGUUAUUUCUUC